AUGGCUACUGAUACUAAACAACCUGCUUUCACUUUAGUGUUUGAUCCAUCUCCUAAUGGUGAAUCUUAUACUGUAGCUGAAUUUCAAAAAGCUCUUGAAAGAGGCUCGGAUGAAGAGAAGAUUUCUACUAUGAAGGCAAUUUUGGUGACAAUGCUCGACGGAAAUCCGCUGCCUGAACUGUUAAUGCACAUUAUUAGAUUCGUAAUGCCGUCUAGAAAUAAGAAAUUGAAAAAAUUACUAUAUUUUUACUGGGAAAUCGUUCCAAAAUUAGAUGACGAGGGUAAAUUGAGACAUGAAAUGAUUCUAGUUUGUAAUGCCAUUCAACACGAUCUUCAACAUCCAAAUGAAUACAUCAGAGGUAACACUUUAAGAUUUUUAACCAAAUUAAAGGAAGCGGAACUGUUAGAGCAAUUGGUUCCUUCAGUCUUGGGAUGUCUGGAGUACCGUCACGCAUACGUUCGUAAAUAUGCUGUGUUGGCUGUCUUAUCUAUUUAUAAUGUCAGUGAGCAUUUAUUACCUGAUGCCAAGGAUAUCAUCAAAACUUUCUUAGCUGCAGAGACUGAUCCAAUUUGUAAGAGAAAUGCAUUUUUAGCUAUCUCUGAACUGGAUCGCGAGGCUGCUUUACAAUAUCUGGAAGAUAAUAUUGCCGAUCUCGAAGGUUUAGAUCCUUUAUUACAAGCAAUUUUUGUUGAAUUUAUUAGAAAGGAUGCAACCCAAAUUCCUUCCUUGAAAAAUCAAUACAUCGAUCUACUUUUGGAAUUAUUAUCCUCCACCACUUCCUCCGAGGUUAUUUUCGAGGCUUCCCUCGCUGUAACCGUGUUAAGCUCAACUCAAUCUGUGUUACUCACCACUGCGACAAAGCUAGUUGAUUUGGCAGUCAAAGUUUCCGAUAACAAUAUCAAAUUAAUCGUCCUGGAUAGAAUCCAAGAUAUUAAUGAAGCUAACCCUGGUGUCCUUGAAGAACUCACUUUGGAAAUUUUACGUGUUCUAAAUGCCGAAGAUUUGGACGUCCGUUCUAAAGCUUUGGAUAUUGCUAUGAACUUAGUUACUUCUAGAAAUGCAGAGGGUGUUGUUCAAUUAUUAAAGAAAGAAUUACAAGCGACAGUGAAUAAUACUGAAAAGGAAAACUCAUUGGAAUAUAGACAAUUAUUAAUCAAAACAAUCCGUUCCAUUGCUAUCAAAUUUAUGGAAAUCGCUGCUAGUGUUGUUUCUUUAUUAUUAGGCUUUAUCGGUGAAUUGAAUUCAAUUGCCGCAACAGAUGUUAUAUCUUUUGUCAAGGAAGUAGUUGAAAAAUACCCUCAAUUAAGAUCUGAUAUUCUAAAUCAUUUAAUAUCAUCAUUAGAUAAUUCAAAAUCUGCUAAAGCGUACCGUGGUGCCUUAUGGAUUCUUGGUGAAUAUUCUGAAACUGCUCAAGAAAUCCAAAGCUCUUGGAAGCACAUUCGUAGUAGCAUCGGUGAAGUUCCAAUUUUACAAUCUGAAAUCAGAAAAUUAAAUCAAAAGAAAGGUGAAAAUGAAGAGGAUGGUGAAGAACUCGACACCACUAAACCUACUGGUCCAGUAAUUUUACCAGACGGUACAUACGCAACUGAGAGUGCUUUUGGAAGUAACAGAGAUUAUGCUUCCAACAAGGAAGACAACGAUUCCAGACCGCCAUUACGCCGUUUUAUCCUAACAAGCGACUUUUACACUGCAUCAAUUCUAGCUAGUGUGAUCAUUAAACUGGUUCUCAGAUUUGAGAAGGUUUCUAAAGAUGGAGGCAUUACAAAUGCCUUGAAAGCUGAGGGACUACUGAUUUUAGUAAGUGUUAUUAGAGUUGGUCAAAGUAAUCUCGUCGAACGUAAAAUUGAUGAAGAUUCUGCUGAAAGAAUCUUAACUGCAAUUGCCAUUUUAAUGGAUGAAAGUAAUCCUGAUGAAAAGUCUGCAGAGAGAGAACUUCUAGAUUUAACGUUUUUGGAUGCUACAAAGUCAUCAUUUAAAUCACAAGUUUCGCUAUCUAAGCGGAAAUUACAAAACAGAUCUAUUAAAGAUAUUGUCAAGAAUGCAGAACCAAUCGAGAAGGCAAUUUCGUUCAGAUUACUCUCAGGUUCCGACUCUGUUGCUGUUCAAAAGGAUAGUAUCGAAGAAGAUUUAGAAUUGGCUAUGAAGGGACAUGCUGCAAAAUCAAGCUCUUCAUCUCUUGCUUCAAAAUUGAAGAAAAUUGUCCCAUUGACUGGGUUUUCUGACGCGGUUUAUGCUGAAGCUUAUAUUACAAAUAAUCAAUUUGACGUUGUACUCGAUGUUUUACUUGUCAACCAAACAAAAGAAACUUUGAAAAAUCUACAUGUCCAGUUUGCUACCUUGGGUGAUUUAAAAAUUAUCGAUAAUCCACCAAGUAGCAAUGUAGUACCACACGGAUUCCAUAAAUUGACAGUUACGAUAAAGGUCUCAUCUGCUGAUACUGGUGUCAUAUUUGGUAAUAUUAUUUAUGAUGGAGCCCAUGGUGAAGAUGCACGUUACGUUAUAUUGAAUGAUGUUCAUGUGGACAUUAUGGAUUAUAUCAAGCCUGCUACAACGGAGGAUGAACGUUUCCGCACGAUGUGGAAUGAAUUCGAGUGGGAAAAUAAGAUAUCUGUUAAAUCUCAGUUACCUUCUUUACAUGCAUAUUUGGAAGAACUUGUAAAAGGAACUAAUAUGGGUAUCCUAACUCCUAGCGAAGCAUUAGGAGAAGAAGAUUGUAGAUUCUUAAGUUGCAACUUAUAUGCAAAAUCCUCAUUUGGUGAAGAUGCAUUAGCAAACUUAUGCAUUGAAAAGGAUCCUGCCACUAAUCAAGUUGUAGGUUAUGUCCGUAUCCGUUCUAAAGGUCAAGGCUUGGCAUUAUCUUUAGGUGACAGAAUUGCUCUGAUCGCAAAAGAAUCCAAUAAAGUUACUUUGACACGUGUUUGA